CACCAACCAGCCGCGAUGUCGGAGUUUUACGACGGUGUCUGGCUUUUGGGUCUCGGCUCGGGUCGGGGUCUGACCAGUAGACAGCUCGCUUUUCCUAAUGCGAUGCAACCACACCUUCAUCUGUCUGUGUCGCCAAAUAUCGGCAAGGAAAUGUAGUCGCCCGCGCCAAGGGACUUUGGGGGCGAAUCACCCCGCACUCUCCCGUCACUACUUAUUUUUAUCGUUGUUUUCUCAAAAUAAAAAUAAAAAACAUCGUGGUCAGCUAAUGUGCAGACGUCCAACAAUCAGACGAAAAGGAUAAUCUAGUCUAGAAAAAAAGAAGCAAAGAUAAACCUUAUCACAAGCCACCCCGUCAAACUAGAGUCAAAAGGAAAAACCCUACGCACACAACCUCCGACACAUAAUGUCCGGCCUCCGCAUCGUGCUCGGCGGCGACGACGCCGGGUACGCCUACAAGUCGACCCUCGCCGCGGAUCUGGCCUCGGACCCGCGCGUGGCAUCGGUCGAAGACGUUGGCCCCCUCGCCGACUCGGACAAGACGGCCUACUCGACUUUUGCGAUCCGGGCCGCCGAAAAGGUCGCGUCGGGCGAGGCGGACCGCGCACUGCUCAUCUGCGGCACGGGGCUGGGAGUAGCCAUCGCCGCUAACAAGGUCCCCGGGGUGCGGGCGGUGACGGCGCACGACAGCUUCAGCGUCGAGAGGAGCGUGCUGAGCAACGACGCGCAGGUGUUGUGCCUCGGGCAGAGGGUGAUUGGGAUCGAGUUGGCUAGGAGGUUGGUCAAGGAGUGGUUGGGGUACACGUUUGAUCCGAACUCUGCAUCGGCAGCCAAGGUCAAGAUCAUCAACGAUUAUAACACCGAGAAGUCAAAGUAAAGUUAGAAACAAAUCGCUUAGCGCUCUGUGGCUUUUGCUAGCUUGGAUAUCCCGUGUACCUACAUUAGUUGCCCUCCUACCUGAUUUCAACUGCAUAUCACCGUCUCUUUCUUCUUAGCUUGGCAAAAACGACCUAGCAUCGCUUCGUCGACAUUCAAUUCAUAA